GAUACACAAUACGGUCAGAAACGUAAGGAGUUGCUUGCGCUGGUGAAGAACCUACGUGCUUCUGGCGCGCAGGCCGACCUCGACCUACCGCGUAUUGCCGUCAUUGGGAACCAGAGUGCUGGAAAGUCUAGCCUUGUUGAGGCCAUCUCUGGGAUCACAGUUCCUCGAGACGCGGGAACAUGCACACGCUGUCCCAUGGAAUGUCGUAUGGCCUCAUCUUCCGGUCCAUGGGUCUGCCAAAUCAUGAUCCGCUGGGAAUUUGAUGACAUCAACGGGACCCGUCGAGACAAAGCGGAGGAAGUCCCCUUCGGUGGCGCGAUUAGUAGCAAAGGAGAAGUCGAGCUUAUGCUCAGGCGCGCACAGGCAGCCGUACUAUUCCCAAAUAUCGCAUCAAAAAAACUCCUGAAGAUGUCACUUGAUGAUCUUCACGAACUCUCCAAGUCCCCUCAACUCAAGCCGCUGUCGUUCUCGCGCAACGCGGUCUGCAUCGAUCUCUCUGGGUCUGAGCUUACCGACCUGUCUUUUGUAGACCUGCCAGGUAUCAUCCAGAAUGCUAGUCCGGAGAUUGUGCAGCUUGUCGAGGACCUGGUUUUGUCACACAUCAAAGGGAAUUGUCUCAUUUUGGUUACCCUACCCAUGAGUGAUGACAUCGACAACCAGAAGGCUGCACGUCUAGCGCGUGACGUGGAUCCUGCGGGCACACGUACAAUUGGCGUUCUAACCAAACCCGAUACGCUUCCCCCAGGCUCAGUCAAAUUGCGUGAGCUGUGGUUGGAGGUGCUCGAGGGCCGCAGCGUCAGCAACCAUUUAGUUCAUGGUUAUUUCUGCACGCGGCAGCCAGACGAUGCGGAGCGUGCGGGAGACCUCUCCGUGGAACAAGUCACCACAUAA